AUGUUUGCGCAGCACGGCAGUUUUGACAGCCGCAGGACAAACGGCAGCCCGUCCCCUUUGGUGACGAUAGACCUAACCACGAAAUUCACCACCCAGUACAACUUGGCGGUCAAGUACUACUUGCACAGAAACUUCAACAAGUCGUUCAAACUCGUGCAGCCUGUGGUUGAAGAGUUGAGGACGAAUCCUAACGUGGUAGACCCAGCUUUGGUGGCCAAGCUGGCGAAAAUAUACUUUUCCCUUCUGUCGCUUCUGCUCAACGAAGUGAUCAACACCAAGCUCUUGAGAUUGUCCAUUCCACGUCACUCCUUGAACUUUCCGGACUAUCUCAGCGAGAAGGAAGACACGCACUUUGCAGACGCCAUUCUGGACGAUUUCAACCACGACGGGCUUUACAGGCUUGUCGGCGACUUGCACUUGUCGGACAACGAGGAGAUUGUGUUGAUGUGCUUCAUGACGGAGUCCUCGAACAACAUGAAGACUGAGAGCCUGCAAAGACAGGUUGAGUCUUAUCUUUCCCUGCGCGGCUUGUACCCGGGCCCCAUCUCUGACUCGGAUCUUGGAGCUGACAACGGCGAAGGUAGCACGCUCAGGAAGAUCGUGCAACUCUAUUUGUCGCAGAUCAUCCUGAAGUAUCACGGAGUCGAAAAGGCAGUUAACGUUAUAGAGAGGAUGUUUGUUACAGACGAGACGGGCGUCCAGAAAUGGGUUGCGUGGAUCCUUGCCUGCGAUAAGACUGCGAGAAGCGCCAACAGUGAGGAGGAAGAUGACGACGAGAAUGACGAUGCGAUCUACGAUGAGUCGUACGGUGAGUCCGACGAUGACGGCUACGCCUCUGACAACACAGCAAUUACCACCAACACCACGGCCACCAUCACCUCCAAACCCUCGACCUCUCUUGCCGAAGACAGGGUGCACGGCUUGGCAGCCAGGACACUCUCGACCCAGUCGGCUCUCACCCACACCACUCUCACGGAAACCCCGCAUGCGGCCUCAAGUAACGGCUUAGAAUUACUAGAAAGUAAGAAGAAAGGCAGGUCCAAAACCAAGUCGAAAGGCAGAGGUAAAAGUAAAUCGAAGACGAGGUCUGGCAAAUCCGAUGACAGCAGUCUCAUAUCGAUGACGAAUAGCUACAUGACCCGACAGCUGACAACCUUCAAAGACCUUGUUGCACAUCAUGUAAGUAGAUACCCUUUGCUAGUGAGGUUGGCCACAUUUGUCAUUUUUCUUCUUUUAAUACUGGGCAGAGGCUCCGGGGGAUUGAACCAGGUGCAGCUCAAAAAAAGGUUAGUGGCUUUUUACUCGAAAAUGGUGCAAACCGCACAGCUGGCAUUCAAAUGUUCCUUUCUUUGA